AUGACACCUCCACAACUGAAAAAUUUCCAUACUGCCAAUCCUGAAUUUGAACAAGCCAUUGAUCGUAGUAUUCCUGAAUUUGCUGCAGCACAACUUUCUGAUGAAGAUAAAUAUUUCAAGAAUCAUAAACCACCAGUAUAUUUACCUGAAAUUGCCGCUGAAGUCCAAGAUUUUGUCAAAUAUCAUCUUGAACAUAGUCAAAAAAGAAUUGCUUUAGUGACAAGUGGUGGUACUACUGUUCCAUUAGAAAAUAAUACUGUUAGAUUUAUUGAUAAUUUUAGUGCUGGAACUCGUGGAGCUACAUCAGCAGAAUAUUUUUUAGAAAAUGGUUAUGCGGUAAUUUUUUUACAUCGAGAAUUCUCAUUGUUACCAUAUUCAAGACAUUUCAGUCAUUCUACCAAUUGUUUCUUAGAUUUUAUGACGGAAAAAGAUAAUAAAAUUCAAAUUAAUGAUCAAUUUGCUGAUGAAAUGUUACAAGUUUGGCGUAAAUAUAAUGAAGCUAAAGAUACCAAUUCUUUAUUAUUGAUUCCGUUUACUACUGUCAAUCAAUAUUUAUAUACUUUAAAAGAAGUUCUGGAGAAUUUACAUAUUAUGAAAUCUAAAGCAUUAUUUUAUUUGGCAGCAGCAGUUUCUGAUUUUUUCAUUCCACAAUCAAGAAUGCCUCAACAUAAAAUACAAAGUUCUGCUACUCAAGAUGGUGAAUUAGUCAUUAGAUUAGCUCAAGUACCGAAAUUUUUAAGUCGAUUAGUAGAAAAUUGGGCUCAAGGAGCAAUGAUUAUAAGUUUUAAAUUAGAAACUGAUAAUAAUAUUUUGAUUCAAAAAGCUGAAAGCGCAUUAGAAAGAUAUCAUCAUCAAUUGGUUAUUGGGAAUUUGUUACAAACUAGGAAAAAAGAAGUUGUAUUUGUUACCCCUGGGUCUGGUCAUCACGAGAAUUGGAUUAGAUUGACUGAUCAAGAAAUUAAUGAUAAUGUUGAAAUUGAAAGCAAAAUGAUUCCUGCAGUAAUUAAAGUUCAUGAUGAAUGGAUUGCUAAAAGUGGAUAA